UACACAAAAACAAGGACUGCAAUGAUUUUGUAGAUAUUAAUGAUGACAGAGAUCGACAUAAAAAUCAUGCCUCCAUAAUUACCAAUUUAAUGAAACAAAGCGUUAUUGAUCACGUUAACUCUUUCAUACCUGUUGAAUCUCAUUAUGUCAGGUAGCGAUCAAACAAAAAAUAUUUAGGUUCUUCUUUAUCAUUUUCGAAAAUGUAUAAAUUGUAUGCAGAAUGGUGUUCAAAAAAUAAUUAUAAUGAUAAAGUAGGGACAGUAAGACCUUAUAGGGAUAUAGUUAAUACUAAUAUGAAGAUAGGUUUUCAUUUGCCAAAAAAAGAUCAGUGCGACCUCUGUCAUCAAUUUAAGAACACGUCUAGUCCUACAGAUGAACAAAAGGAAAAUUUUGCUAAGCACCAAAACGAAAAAGAAUUUUCACGUAAAUUAAAAUUAGAAACUAAAAUUUUAGCUUUAUCUAACAACAAAGUAGCAUGCAUUGUAUUUGAUUUUCAAAAGGUAUUGAUUUAGCGCACCUCAUGGUAAUAUCAGCGUUUACUUUUAUAGGCGUAAGCUUAAUGUGUAUAAUUUUACGAUUUUUGAACUGGCUUCUAAAGAAGCUUUUUGUUACAUGUGGAACGAACAAAUUGCUAAAAGGGGCGCUAACGAAGUAGCCAGUUGUUUAUGCGAUUUCUUCUCUAAGCUAGUUUCUAAAGGAAUAUCUGAAAUCAAUUUAUGGUCUGACAAUUGUGGUGGACAAAACCGCAAUCGCAUUGUAUAUUACAUGUACUUAUUGGCCGCUAAUAUUUUCAAAAUCAAGAUCUGCCAUCGUGUUUUAGAAAAGGGUCAUACGCAAAAUGAAGGAGAUUCUGUUCAUGCUCUCAUAGAGAAAAUGGCUAGGGGAAGAGAAGUAUAUUAUACACUGUUUACUAACAGUAAUGAUACUUCAUUAAAUGAAAACGUUUACAAAAUUUUGAAGAGCAUGCUGCAUCCCAAGUUGCCGAAAGAGAAAACUUACAAAGAGAUUGAAGAAACAUUGAAGUUGCGAUUUCAAGUCAGAACUUCGCACUAUAGAAAACGAAUUUUAUUUGACAAUUUAAAACAAGAUGAUGAGGAAAAUGUUUCAAAAUGGUAUGCUUGCAUUAAAGAAGCAGCAGCUGAAUGCAACUUCUCCCAGGGUGUGGAGGAGCGAGUUAAAGACAAAUUUGUUACAGGUUUGAAGCCAGGUCUUUUACAAGAUAGAUUAUGUGAGGAGCCGGUGUCGGUGUGUAAAAAACAUUAAGGAGUUAUUGGAAAUUGCAUUACAUAAGAAAGCAGCUUGUAAACAACCGAGCAUUUCAGUAAAUAAAGUUGAGAAAGUAAAAAGUAAGCCAGUGACAGGAGACUACAAGG